AUGACUGCGCGGCCCGGUGGCUCCCGGGGGCCCGGGGGUCCAGCGAACCGGGGAGCCCCCGUCCCCCGGGGGCCUCCGACGACGACGAGCCGACCGGGGCAUCCCGCGCCUCGUCGCCCGGCUCGGGCAGCCCGGCCGGCCCCCCCGGACAGCUCGGAGGCGGAGGGGGCGCCUGGAGGGGACCGGGAAGGGGCCAAGAGAGCCAGGGUCCGUCGAGGGGGACGCGGCCGGACCAAGAGCGAGCUGGUCCUGAGCAAGCAGAGGCGAGCCGCGCCAAAGCCAACGACCGGGGAGCGCAAGCGCAUGCACAACCUCAACUCGGCGCUGGACGCUCUGCGAGGCGUGCUGCCCUCCUUGCCCGACGACGCCAAGCUCACCAAGAUCGAGACGCUGCGCUUCGCCCACAACUACAUCUGGGCGCUCACCGAGACGCUCGCAUGGCCGAACCACAGUCUGCUGGGCCUGGCGACCGCCCCGCCGGCCCCCUCGAGAGGGGCAGCCCCGGCGGCGUCUCCCCCGCCGACUGGGGGUCCCCUCUACUCGCCCGCCUCCAGCGUGAGCCCCGCCGCCUCCCUGGAGGAGGGCCGCGGGCCCGCUCUGCGCCCCGCUCCCCUCCCUUCCCCAGCCUGGAGUGAAAGGGGUCUUACCCAGCCGAGAGGGUCGCAGGAAUCUGUUUCCCAGCGGGGCGAGCCAGGUGCGGUGCGCUCGUUACUGCGCGGUGCGCUUUUACGCAAGGACCGCCUGCGAAAGGGAGUCCUCUCCGCGGACUCGAUCCGGCGCAGGAUCGGCGGCCGCGGCGGAUCCGGGGCAGCAGGAUCGUGGGGGGACGGAAGGCCUCCGUGUUCCCUCAGGGGUCGCUUGGAUUCAGUCCAGGCCCUCCCGGGAGCCCAGCUUCGAGAUGAAGAAAAUUUUGGAGAGGUGGAGCCCUCCCAGUUCAUCACUCGAUCCACCGGAGCUCACAGAAGGGAGAGUCGGUGA